UCCCCCGCUCGCAGCAUUGGCCAAAGCAACAAGAAGUUGCUUAAGCAACACGCACGUUGGCACGUAGCCAUACACAACACCUGAGCUCCAGUAGCACACACACUCACUCACCACACUUGACUCAGAACAACAACCCUGUAAUAAGCAUGUCUCUGUCCACGCUACUCCUGUACUCCGCUCUCAUCCUGAGCAUCGCCGCCGCCGCCCCCCGCGUCGCGCUCGCGGCGCGGGAGCUCGACGACGUGGCCGUGGGCGCCGCGAUGGCGUCCCGGCACGAGAGCUGGAUGGCGGAGCACGGGCGCACGUACGCGGACGCCGAGGAGAAGGCGCGGCGGCUGGAGAUAUUCCGCGCCAACGCCGAGCGCAUCGACUCGUUUAACAGUAAAGCCGAUGCUGCUGCAGGGGAGAGCGUGGACAGUCAUCGGCUGGCCACCAACAGGUUCGCGGACCUCACGGACGAGGAGUUCCGUGCCGCCAGGACCGGGUUGCGGCGCCCGGCCGCCGUGGCCGGCGCAGUGGGCGGUGGGUUCAGGUAUGAGAACUUUAGCUUGCAGGCUGACGCGGCCGGGAGCAUGGACUGGAGGGCCAUGGGCGCCGUCACCGGCGUCAAGGACCAAGGCUCUUGCGGUUGCUGCUGGGCGUUCUCAGCGGUGGCGGCGAUGGAAGGCCUGACCAAGAUCCGCACAGGGCGUCUAGUCUCCCUCUCCGAACAACAACUCGUAGACUGCGACGUCUACGGGGACGACCAGGGCUGCGAGGGCGGGCUGAUGGACAACGCCUUCCAGUACAUAUCCCGGCAGGGCGGGCUGGCCUCCGAAUCCGCCUACCCGUACAGCGGCGAGGACGGCGGCUCAUGCCGGUCCGGCCGCGCGCAGCCGGCGGCCAGCAUCCGUGGCCACGAGGACGUGCCGGCCAACAACGAGGGCGCCCUGAUGGCCGCCGUGGCGCACCAGCCGGUCUCCGUGGCCAUCAACGGCGGCGACUACGUGUUCCGGUUCUACGACCGCGGCGUGCUCGGCGCCGGCGGGAACGGCGGGUGCGAGAGCACGGAGCUUGACCAUGCUAUCACGGCCGUUGGGUACGGGAUGGCCGGGGACGGGACUGGGUACUGGCUGAUGAAGAAUUCCUGGGGGUCCGGCUGGGGCGAGUCCGGCUACGUCAGGAUCCGCCGUGGGUCUCGCGGUGAAGGCGUCUGCGGCCUCGCCAAGCUCGCCUCGUACCCCGUCUGAUUACAAGUCACUGGCUAGCUGCGUACGUCCGUACGUCAUGUAUAUACUGUACGUGUGACGCGUCCAGGCAUGGCUUAAACUAGAUUGGCACUAUUCUAAAAUGAAUUAAGAUGCAUGUAAAAUAGAAGUAGGGCCGGUACAGUGGUGGCAAUGACGGCUCGAUCGCGCAGCAAAGAAAAGGACCGAUGCGCGGGGUUGUUUGUACGUACAGUAGCUGCGUGUGCGUAUAGAUAUCAUGAAACCAUGAUGGAAUUUGUACAGAUUGGCUUGUAACACUCAAGUGUGUAUACAUACUUAUAUAUAUAGAUGAUGUACAGAGUUAUGUAUA